UCUAUAGCAUAAAUCUGUCCAAAUUGUGGCCAAUUAUAAUUAUAGUUAAAUAAAACCACAUGAUAGAAUAAGAAGACUAACGAGAAGAUAGCAAUAAUGUUCAUAAAGAACGCAAAAAAAUUCUUUGUUCUAUCGGUACGAUAAAAAUUACGAGAGUGACUUGGGAAAAUCUUUUAUAAGAAAUGGGAUCUUCUCAUAGCGUGGAAAUACCUGGAGGUGGUACAGAAGGUUAUCACGUAUUAAGAGUUCAGGAUGACUCUCCUGGACAAAAAGCUGGUUUGGAAGCAUUUUUCGAUUUUAUUGUCUCCAUUGGAAAUACUCGCUUGGAUCAGGAUAAUCAUAUUUUAAAGGAUCUUCUUAAAGCUAAUGUAGAUAAAGAAGUAAUUAUUACUGUAUACAGUAGUAAAACACAAUCUGUACGUCAAACUGUUAUUGUACCUAAUAUGACAUGGGGUGGACAAGGAUCCCUUGGUGUUAGCGUACGGUUUUGCUCAUUUGAAGGGGCCAAUGAAAAUGUUUGGCACGUACUUGAAGUACAUCCUUCUUCUCCCGCAGAACUAGCUGGUUUACAUCCCUUUACAGAUUACAUUAUUGGAGCUGAUUCUGUUCUACACGAAAGCGAAGAUUUAUUUACUCUGAUAGAGGCUCAUGAAUCUCGACCUUUGAAAUUAUACGUAUACAAUAUGAAGGAUGAUUCUUGUAGAGAAGUUACUAUUACACCGAAUAAUACAUGGGGGGGUCAAGGAAGUUUAGGAUGUGGAAUUGGAUAUGGAUAUUUGCAUAGAAUACCUAUCAGAAAUAUUCUAGAAAACAAACCACGUAAUUCAUCGUACAUGUGUAAUGUAACACCUACUCACACUCAAGUGCAAACAAACCCGAGUGCUACAGUUACAAACAUACCACCUGGAUUUUCAAUUCCAUCAAAUUAUAUUACAAAUAUUGACAAUACUAGUAAAAAUGAAACUGUAGUUACGUCGCAAGCAACAUUGCAUCCUAAUUUAUCACAAAUAAAUCCUGUUGAUGCUGGAGCUACUACAACUAAUUCAAUAAGUGAUCUUUCUUCUAAUCAACCAAUUAUUACUACUUCACCUAGUGCUGAAAUUACCAAUUAUAAAGAUAGUCCUAACAUUCCUGGUAUGCCAACCAGUCCACCUAUUUCAUCAUUUUCUAUGGAAGAAAAUAUUCCAGUAGGAUUAACAACUACAUCUCAUGUGGUUACAAUGGGGAGUUGUAAUUUACCGGGUGUUCAAACUACUGCUUCGUCAUUACCUUUCAAUGUGCCUCAAUCCCAACUUGUGACAACACCUAUUUCAUUACCUGGAAUGCCACCAAUUACUGUUAAUGCAACUCUCCCACAAAAUCCUUCUUUCUAUUCUUCUGUUCUUCAUAAAAAUCAAGUACCUACUACCACCACCCCAUCUUCACCCACAUCGGUAACGACACAGUAACAGUUAUUUCUGAUGCUUCAAAUGCAAUUUUUCUGCCCUUUGAUAAAAUAUUCUAUAUGUAGGUAAAAUAAAAUAGAACAUAUUACGCAA